AUGAGCGGCUUCGCUGAUGGCGACCUGAGUGUCAGCCCCGAUGAGCAUGCAAUCAUCAUCGGCAUCGACUUUGGAACGACUUUUUCUGGAGUGAGCUGGGCAUUCUCGGGUCAGCCGAACGACAUCGAAGUCAUCACGAGAUGGGAAGCAGAGCUCAACUACAACUCCGACACUGAGAAAACCCCUUCCACCCUUUUCUACCAUGGCCCAUACGGAGAGGCCAGUUGGGGCUAUGGAAUUCCGGCCGCGACAUCUGCGGAGCCACUCAAGUGGUUCAAGCUUCUUCUCAUCGACCACCAAGACCUUCCGAGAGAGCUGCAGAGUUCUGCACAGAUCGCCACAGCCAGAAGGCUCAUGUCGGAGACAAACAUGGAUCCAGUCGACGUUAUUGCCGGCUAUCUGCGCCGCCUUUGGAACCAUUCCAUUGAUUGCAUCACUCUCUCAACCGGAAAGGAGCUGGUCAAGAUGUGCAAGUUCCACGUUGUCAUCACUCUACCUGCCAUUUGGCCCGUGUAUGCCAAAGCACGUAUGACACGUGCUGCUCAAGAGGCUGGUAUUUUGGAGAAUCGUUCAGCCGGAGACACUGUCCUGUCUUUCAUUUCGGAGCCCGAGGCUGCGGCUCUGGCCACAAUGCGUGAUCUUUCCAACAGACCCAACAUCAAGCCUGGCGAUCACUUCGUCGUCUGCGAUGCGGGUGGUGGUACUGUUGACCUUAUCUCCUACGAAGUCACCGACACAAAGCCAAUGGUUGUCCGUGAGGCCGUCAAGGGUAAUGGCGGCCUGUGCGGAGGUGUCUUUCUUGAUGAGGGGUUCGUCAACUUGAUGAAAUCGAAGAUUGGCUCGGAGUCCUGGGCCAGUAUCUCCAUUGAAAACAUGAAGAAACUGAUGAACGGCGAGUGGGAGCACGGUAUCAAACAACAGUUUGACACUCGGCCCCGUGACUGGCCAGUGACGCUGCCGUCAGGGUGCAUCAUGACCGGUCCUUCUCGUCGCGUGAUGAAAAAAGAAACGAUUACGCUCAACCACUCUGACUUGCUUCCGGUCUUCGAGACGAUCUCUCAGCAGAUCAUCAAAUUGAUCCAAGAACAGAUUGACGGCAUUCGUGCUACCUCUGGCAAGCUUCCCAAGUACGUCAUUCUGGUCGGAGGCUUCGGUAGAUGCCGUUUUCUUUCUAGCCGUCUUCAACUAGCCCUUGAUGACACCAUGGAGCUUCUCCAGUCACAAGGCACACGACCGUGGACUGCCAUUUGUCGUGGUGCUGUCAUUCAAGGACUCACUCGCCAAAACCUGGGUAUAGGUAUUUCAGUGCGAGUGAGCUCGAGAAUCGCUCGCAUGAGCUAUGGCGUCAAGUUCUACACGAAAUUCGACCCGAAGCUUCACCGCCUUAAAGACAAGUUCUGGGACGAGAUUGAACAAGAAUGGAAGGCCAAAGACCAGAUGGAGUGGUACAUGAAGAAGGGAGACGACAUCGCUGACAAGAAACCUAUUCGCCAUAAGUAUCACAGAAGAUACCUCACAGCCCCAUCAGAAAUCACCAAAGAGCUGCAUUUCAGUGCGGCAUCGCCUGCACCUAAGCGCGCGGAUUCGACCACAAAGCGUCUUUGCAAAAUCACCUGGAACAGAAAGGUCAAUUUCGAUACUCUCCCGACCUUUACCAACAGCCUUGGAAGGGUUUACCACCACCUCGUUUUCGAGAUCGAGAUGAUUAGCGAUGGAACAAGUCUCGAUUUCACAAUCAUACAUGACGGAAAGCGUGUUGGGAGCAAGAACGUCACAGUUGAGUUUGAGCCGGAGGGAGGUGAAGCUUCUGGUCGAGCUGUUAACGCCUGGUUGUGA